AUGGCUAAGGGGAUCUUGAAAAGUAGUCAAAACGAGGAACCACAGUUUGCUUCUGGGCUGCAAUUGCCUACUUCUAGUCUUUCCAGACAUGAAGUUUUAGAAAAUGGUAAUAAUACGACUUCCAGGAUUAAUACUCUGCAGUUAGAGAAUAAGAUCAAUAGAAGGGUUUCCUUUGCUCCAGACGUUACACUUCACAGCUUUGAUUUUGUACCACAGGUUAAAGAUGUGAAAUUGCCCAGGAGGAAGGAGAAAAGAGAGGAAGAUGAUGAAAAGAAUCCAGAAGGCGAAGAAUCAACGGAAUUAUCGCAAGCAGAACCAGGACAGGAUUCCGAAAUGACGAUGACCCAGGUUUUCAAACCAUCUAAAGAAAUGGAAAUGACUGAUAUUUUUAGACCUCCUCAUGAUGAACCUAUGGAAUUGACCCAGGUACGGCGUGCUCCAGAGAAUGUAGACGAUGGAUUUGAAAAGAUGGAGUCAUCCCAAAUAGAGCAUGCUACAGGGAAUUUAGAUGAUGGAUCUCAAACAAUGGAGCUGUCCCAAAUACAGCAUGCUACAGAGAAUGUUGAUGGUGCAUCUGAACAAAUGGAACUGACUCAAGUACAGCAUGCUACAGGGAAUUUAGAUGAUGCAUCCGAACAUAUGGAACUUACCCAAGUACCGCGUGCCACAAGGAAUGUAGAUGGUGCAUCUGAACAGAUGGAACUGACCCAAGUACCGCGUGCUACAGGGAAUAUAGCUGAUGAAUCUGAAAAGAUGGACUUGACCCAAGUACACCGUAUUAUAGAGAAUGUAGAUGAUGAAUCCGAAAAGAUGGAGUUAACACAGGUACCAAGUAGAGUACAUACCCCACCUGCGAAAAGACGCAAGACAAUGAGCAGUGAAAUUGAAGAAGACGACGAUAUGGAAUUAUCACUUAUGAGAAUGUCACCUAUUGCACUACGCGGGACAGAUACGAAACCACCUCUAUCUUACUCACUGAAAAAAUUCUUGGAUGCAGUAGGAGUUUCAUUUCUUAUUGAUACAAAUUUUAUCAAAAGCCAAGAAGCUGUCGAGUUCCCACUGACGAAAUUACCAGUUUCUUUACAUUCUCACCAAAUUUUGUCAAAACUCUACGUGGAUAUGCCAGUCCUGGAAAUGAAUGAAUUUGUAUGUAGAGAAUUAUGGAGACGUGUGGAUCAAUCAAGCGUUCAAUUCCAAGAUUUGGAAAACCAAAUAAGUUCAUCAGUACCGCCGCUAUUGUUUAGAGAGUAUUUCCAAUCUAGUGAGGACAUGAGACGAUUGAUGAAUCAGCAGCUACAAUUAGUUAAGAGUUUUGCCAAAUUAGAAUCAAGGAAAGCUUGGUACGACUGGAGGAUUCAACAUUUUAAAGGUUUGCAAGAUGUACUAUUGGAAAAUUUAGGAUUAUUACAAGAGGAAAAGACCAAAUUAGAUAAAGAUUUGCAAAGAGCACAGAAGAACAAGGAAGAAACCUUUAGCCUUUUACAAGUUUUGAGAAAAGAAGUAGAACUGGUUAGAGAUCUUCCCUCACAGGUUUACAAAAAGGAGAGUAAAUUAGCAGAUAAAUUACAAUUGGAAAAAUUUAGACAAGAGCUAAAAGCUCACAAAAUUGCAUUUAACGAUUCACAAAAUUUGAGAUUACAAAGGAGGUCUUUAGUUGCAGAAAUUGAAUCAAAGUGCAAGGAAUUAGGUGAAUUGAAGGGGAAGUUACAUCAAUUGCAACAAAAGAACAAGACUCAGGUUACAGAUUACGAUAUGACAAAAUUACGCAGAAAAUUGGAAUUCUUGAGUGUUUUAUCAGGUAUCCAGUUUAAAGGAAUAAACAAUUCUCAGCUAUUGGUUAAGUGUUUUGAUCUAAUAGAAUUGUCAAUCGAUUUGUCUCUUUCACAGAGCGCUCCUCAGAAGGCUUGCAGUUUAUUAAACAAUACCGAACCAUUUUACAACGAACUUCUUGAAUAUGUGAUUUCUCAAUUGCAAACAAGUACAAAUUUUUUGACAGAUUUAUUCUUACAGCUGCGUAAAUUGAUACCAUUGAUCAAAACUUACUUUUUUUUAAAACAUCUGUUCCCGCUAACCAUAUCGACCGCCAAUCGAACCACUACUAUACAAUUAAUGGACUACGACAUACGAACUGAUGUGAAAUACGUUUACAAAUUGUCGAUGCAAGAACUAAUAACUGCAGUUCUUGAUGAAAACUCAACAGUCUCGUUAUCAGUGGAAUUGGCACAAAAAAACAAAGAGAUCCCGCUGGACGUGAUCUCUGCUAGGUUCGUAUCCAAAACAGGCAGAAUAUUAUCUUGGGCAAAUCUUAAAAGAAUUCAUAUGACUACAUAA